UUAGCAGGCGCUUCCGUACUUUCACGAGAUAUUCUUCUUGCUUCUUGAACCAUUCUCAGCCUACCCGAGUUGCGGAGUUGUCACUACCUCCCGUCCUUACCCUUGCAUCUAGCGCCAAUCAGUACCCUCAUAGCAGGAAACCUCCAGCUCACACUCCACCACCGUACACUAGCUCGUUCUCCACACGGUACAUUUAGUCAUGGCGUCCAGCGAUAACGCCCCAUGCCUCGCCAACCCGGCUUGCCUCGCCUGCGUCCUCGACCCUAACUGCAAAGGUUUCUUCGUAGCACAAGGCAAAAUCGGCGCUCUCGGCGCCGUCAGCACCGCCGUCUCUACAUUCGGCCCCGCAGCUCUCGUCGCCGGCUGCGUGAUCCCCAUCGUCUUCUUCGGUAUCCUUCUCGCCCUCCACCGUCUCUUCUUCACCCGUUACACAUCGCAGCAUCAGCUUGGGCCGGAUGGUGGCCGUGUGGACAAGAAACGCACGUGGGCGCUUUUGGCAGGGUUCCUCUUCUUGGUCCUUUGCAUUGGAGCGCUGAUUAAAAGCCUGGCGACAUUUGAGGGAAGGACUAAGGGGGCGCUCAUCAUUGGAUAUGUGGGCUAUGUUGGUGCUUUGAUGGCGCUCAAUAUUGCCGGAGCCCUCCGCUUCCGCCGCAACCUCGCACACCCUACCCACCGCCGCAUCCUCCUCAUCGCAACCGUCCUCGUGACCCUCGCAAUUGGGCUUGCGGCCAUGAUCUGCAACUCUAUGGAUACGCAGGACUAUGAAGGCGACCUGAUCAACUAUGAGUUAUCGGACCGCGCGGCGUAUUUGCCGCUGGGAUUGCCGAUUUGGUACUUUUUGAUUGCGGUUUACGGGUUGAGUCGUGAGGUCCGCACCCCUCACGCCCGCAACGCCGGCUGGUCUGACAAAUACCGCCCGCGCACCACGGCCGCCACCUCCCCGCACACCCAAUCCUCUAACAACGUCGCCGCCCUCUCCACGGGCCACACCCCCCACACAUCCCACCCGCUCACCAUCCUCCUUCUAACCCUCCUUAACCUCGCCCUCAUCAUCGCCUACCUCGCGUCGGCACAUUCCAUCCGUCACGACAGACGCUUCGAGACGCCCGGCGCGAUCUUGUUCGCGACCUUGUUUUUGGCAAAUGAGGCAUGGAUUCGGGUUAGGGACUUCAGAGAGAAUGGGGCGCUGGUGACUGGGAACAGUAUGGAUAGCAUUGGGACUGUACCCGCUGGUGGGGCUACGGCCGCGAUGAAGGAGACGGUUUAGACUUGUAUGGCUAUGAGUUGGUUUUCGAACCUUGGGAUUGCGUUGAGAACUCCGAUGAU